AUGACGCCGGAAUACAAGGCAGAAAAAGAGGCGUCGGUCUCAUUUCUCGGCGGUGGUGGUAUCUGGGAAAUCAAUCAUGUCGCCCUGGUAGCUCCCGCCGCCGCAUUUCUGUGGGCGAUGCUACAAACCCGCCAGAAGUUCUUCAAACCAUACACUUUUGCUGCCGCUUUUUCGGACUUCCUAAUCCAAUGUUGCGCCAUUUUGUUCGCAACGACGGUGUAUUCUUCGGCUCCUCAAAUGCUCAACGGCCUGCUUCUUCUUCCAGCUAUCGCUGCUUUCCUACAACCCGCUCCAGAGGCAGCCAAGGAGCUUGCGAAACCCCCUUCCAAAGACAAGGAUGAUGAAGACAAGAAUGACAAGGACAUUCUCCCCGUCAAGCCAUUCAUCACGGCCUAUCGUGGAGCUAUGAUGAUCAUCACCUGCUCCAGCAUCUUGGCCGUCGACUUUCCCGUKUUCCCGCGGCGAYUCGCCARGACCGAGUCUUUUGGAACCUCUCUCAUGGACAUGGGCGUAGGCUCCUUCGUCUUUGCAGCCGGUGUAGUCGCUGCACGUCAGCAACUCAAGGAACAGCACAUUGCUCCACGCUCCAUGUUCGCACGUCUCAAGGAAGCGAUGCGUCACUCACUUCCCUUGGUGAUCCUUGGAUUCAUUCGGCUGUGGUCUGUCAAAAGCCUCGACUACGCCGAGCACGUCAGCGAGUACGGCGUGCACUGGAAUUUCUUCUUCACUCUUGCUCUGCUAUCGCCAACCAUUGCCGUUCUUCAGCCAGUUCUGAGGUGGGUGCCAUCUUACAGCAUCUUCGCAUUUGUCAUUGCCAUCUGCUAUGAGCUUGCGCUAUAUUGCGUCCCGGAUUUGAAAGCCUACAUCAUUCUCUCUGCGAGAAACGAAGGAGAUUGGCUGUCACAGAACAGAGAAGGCGUAUUCUCAUUCAUUGGUUACCUCGCGAUUUUUAUCGCUGGCAUGGGCCAAGGUAUCAACAUCCUGGAGCGAGAUCCAGAAUUUGGCGAUCCUCUGAAGCCAGUGAAGGACACCAUGGAUGAGGAUGCCGAGUGGCUGGAAUCUGUGCUAGGUGGAUCUGACCGAGCAGACCAAGCUCCUGCUAAGCCUGCGAUGGAAAUGCCACAGUUGAAGCCCGAGUUCCCGAAGCAGACGCUACCACGGCUGGGCUUCUGGACCGCACUCUGGUUCGUCUUCUCAACAUGGGCCAUGUGGAAAUAUGGCCCAAAGUUGUUUGUAUCACGCCGCAUGGCGAACCUCGCAUAUGUCUGCUGGGUGUGCACUUUCAACACCGCACAACUCUUCCUCUUUUGUGGGAUCGAGACGGUCAUGUUCCCCAAUCUAUACAAGGCGAAGAGCAAGCAAGUUGAGAGGCAGCGAAUCCAGGACGCGACGAGCAGGGUCAUGCAUGCUUACAACCGCAAUGGGUUGGCGAUCUUCCUAUUGGCUAACCUUUUGACUGGGCUCGUCAACAUGACAAUACCGACUCUACACAUGAGCGAUGUUGGGGCUAUGACAGUGCUUGUGUCUUACAUGGGCGUACUCACAAGCGUCGCGCUGGCUUUGGAUCAUUAUGAUGUGUCGAUCAAGCUGUAG